AAGAAAGUGAGCAUGGUGGUUGAUAAAGCGAAAGGCGCUGUUUCUCAUUAUAUACCGAGAAGUUUUGACCAGCGUUGCUAUAGCAACAUAUGUAAAUAAAGAACCUAGUCCAAACUCUUUGGUAAAUAAAUGGAGAUUUUAUGGAUUUAACUGCUUUGUAUGCAAGUUCCAGUCCUACAUAUGCUGUAGUUUCACCUUGUAAUUGUUGGAUUGCGUCCCUUUCUCGAUCUGGCCAUGUUCUGAUACGAAGCACAGAAACCCUCGAUUUGCAGCAUGUCUUUCUUUUAAAUCCAGAGUUUGUGCAGAAAGCCGUAUAUUUGCUUUGGAAGACCAAGCCAGAUACUCCUACAUCGACACAAAUAUGCGUGGCUUCUUUGGAAAAAGCAUUUAUUUUAGAUUUUCACCAAGAGUCUUUUUAUGCUACGAUCGACUGUAACCAAGAUUCCGUUAAAAACAUCGAAUGCAGUCCUUUGGGUCAACUAUUGUUUUUCUCUGAACUUCACAAUAAAGUUACGAUUUGGACUUUGGAAUUAAAAAAAGGAUUUGUACUUUCUCAUCCAAAGGCUGACAUUGACCAAGGUAUAUGA